CGGAGCACACAAUUCCGGUAACCUCAAAUUGUACAUCCGUCAGUUUUAUUCCUCCGGCGAUCGCUUCUCUUCCUUGUAUCUCAUUUUGUUGGAGUGUUGGCUUCGUUUUCUCAGCGUGAGCUCUUUUACCACUGCAACAAUUGGAAGAUCAACGACCUCUGACAGAUAUGUUCAAGUUCUGGGGUUCUCCUCAAGAGCAACAAGUUUCUUCUCCAAGGCCACAGGAAAGCACUACCAAUUCAUGGUAUCCUCCAUCUGUUAGUCCACCAAGUUCAUCCGGCUCUCCUAUUCCUAAUAACAUCAAUUCCAACACUUACACUGAAAGGCUUGAAGAUCGAUCUCACUUAUCAUCUCAUGAAACUCAAUCUCCAGUUGUAUAUCUGCAAGACAAAAGUAUUGAUGAGUUACGGAGGCUUUUAUCUGACCAAGGAGCCUAUCAACAGUUCUUGCUUUCAAUUGAUCCUGUAAGAACUCAGAAUAAUGUACGAGAUGAGCUUAAGAAAGAAACCCUGCAACUUGCUAGAGAAAACUUGGAAAAAGAACCCCAGAUAACUGAAUUAAGGAACCAGUGUAUGAUCAUACGGACAAUGGAAUUAGCAUCUGCUCAAGAAAAGCUACAUGACCUCAAGAAAAAAACCCAACUCCUUCAAUGUUACUCCCCGGGUUCCUUGCUAAACAAGCUAAAAGAGUGUAUGAAUAAAACAGAUGAGGAAUCAGAAAUGCUACAUGAACAGCUUCUUGGAAAGGAGAUUGAUGUUGUGACUUUUACUAAAAAGUAUAAACAACUUCGGAUUAAUUACCAUAAACAGUCUCUCACCUAUCUUGCAGCCAAGACUAGUGUCCUUGGUUGAUUGUAUUUUUAACAGGAAUCGGACCGGGUACACGCAGCGGAAACACACUAUCACACACUCACAAACGAAACGAGAAAAUAAAGCAAGAAGAACACAAGAAUAUUACGUGGUUCGGAUUCGGUACAAAUCCUACAUCCACGGGCCGCAACUAGAGAUUUUAUUAUUGCUAGAAGAUUACAGUACAAGUUGGUACAUGUACAAAUGAAUGAUGAAUGUUCUAUUUAUAGGCAAAGAGCCGAUGCUUAAGGAAAUAAAGAAUGGAUGCAUUCCUUUGCUUUUCCUCCAAAUGAGGUGUUCCACAUUCCUUUGUCUGCCACUUGCUUUUCCCUUUUUAUUGUUU